UCCCGGCCCGGGAGCCUGGGGAGAAGGGAGAAGGAAGGGUUGCUUGCAGCGAGUGGGAACCUCCAAGGGGCGGGGAUCACAUCAAGGCCGUGCUCACAAGCUGAGACUUGAACGACAGUGAGCAGAGCCUCUGGAGCAUUUAAGUCAGCAGUUUGGGUUCUAGAAAGAGCUCCUUGGCUUUGGGGUGCAGAAGGAGCUCAUUCACUGGGGUGAAUGACAAGAAGUGUGAAGGACACGGAGGGGCAUUGGAGGCCGUACAGGCCCCACUGGACACAGAAAUAUGGGAACCAGACCUCAGAGGUGGCUACUGACGGGGCGUAGGUGAGAUUGUCCUUGAAGAGUGUGUGACCAGAGGAGAGAAAGGGUGUCGGCCACGUUCCAGAAAGAAGCACUCGGGGAAGCAGGAGAAAUGUCUUCUCUUUCCAUGUUUGUGCAGGAGGAAACAGGAAGUAAGAAGAGUGGGGAGGGCCAGGCGGAAGGAGAGUGUGGGGCUGCUCACGAUCAAGUGGAUGAGCCGCGCAGGGCUGGCGCAGCAGGCUGAGCACAGCCCUCCACUGGGGGCCAAGCGGUCCCUUCCACUGGCUGCAGAGGCCUAGAGGGCGGCCACACCUGCUCGUGUCUAGGAGCGAUGGCCCCCACCAUGCCCACCCUCUUGCCUGAAAUCGUUUCAGAAGCUUUUCAGUAUGAUGAGAGUGCAGAGGCCUGUAAUCUGGGGGACAUCGUGAACUUCGGGACCACCUUCCUGCCCAUAGUGUACUCCCUCGUCUUUGCCUUUGGCUUGGUGGGAAACAUGCUGGUGGUGUUUGCCCUCACCCACAGCCAGAAGCCCAAGAGCAUCACUGACAUGUACCUCCUGAACCUGGCCUUGUCCGAUCUGCUCUUUGUAGUCACCUUGCCCUUCUGGAUUCACUAUCAGAUCAGGGACGAAGGCUUUCAUAACGCUGCGUGCAAACUCACUACCGCCUUCUUCUUCAUUGGGUUUUUUGGAGGCAUAUUCUUCAUCACCAUCAUCAGCAUCGAUAGGUACCAGGCCAUCGUCCUGGCCGCCAGCUCCAUGAACAACCGGACUGUGCAGCACGGCGUCGUCAUCAGCCUAGGCGUCUGGGGAGCCGCCAUUCUGGUGGCAGCACCCCAGUUCAUGUUCACAAAACUUACGGAGAACGAAUGCUUUGGGGACUACCCUGAGAUCCUGCAGGAUAUCUGGCCUGUGCUCCGAAACAUGGAAGUAAAUAUUCUUGGCUUCCUGCUCCCCCUGCUAAUCAUGAGUUACUGUUACUUCAGAAUCCUGCGGACGCUGUUUUCUUGCAAGAACAACAAGAAGGCUAAAGCCAUUAAACUCAUCUUUCUGGUGGUCAUCGUGUUUUUCCUCUUCUGGACACCCUACAACGUUAUGGUUUUCUUAGAGACGCUCAACCUCUACAACUUCUUUCCCAGCUGUAACAUGAAGCAGGAUCUGAAACUGGCCCUCAAUGUGACCGAGACGGUCGCAUUUGUCCACUGUUGUCUCAAUCCCUUUAUCUACGCAUUUGCUGGGGAGAAGUUCAGAAGGUAUCUCCACCAUGUGUAUAGGAAAUGCCUGGCUGUUGUGUGCGGUGGUUCCAUCCAUGCUUCGGAAUCACAAAGGAGCAGGAGGGAAAGUGUGCUGAGUAGCAAUGCGACUUACUACACCAGUGAUGGAGAUGCGUCCAUUGCUCUCUGAAGAGAUCCCCAAAGCCUUGUCCCUACAGAGAGCCUGGGUCUCCUGAGUCUGACACUGAAAAAUGAGGAUGCAUUUUUUUUCUUUCUUACAUGCAAGAAAUAAUGGGCCCAAUUACCCUUCCCCCCCCCCCACAAAAAUACCUUAAGGUGUUUUUGAAAAUCGUGCUCAAAAUUUGAAUGAGAAAGGGCAGGCAUGUCUCUUACUGCAAAAGUUGGGGCUUUUUGGUUUGAUAAAAGUUUGACUCAGAUUAGCUCAGCUAAAAAGGAGGGGGUGAGUAUAGUUCACUCUGUGGUACCUGCCAGGGUUGGCUGAGGCCCGAGAGUGCACGGACGCCUGGCUUGAACCUCACCAGAAUUUCCUCUCUGACUCUCAGAUCUCUGAGUGGUGACAGAGUGCCCGGACUCAGAUAGCACAGCUUUGCCAUCAGAAAGGGACUGAGACCCAUUCCUCCCUCUCUGGUUUCAAGGUCAAAAUUCCCAGGGAAGGGCUCUGAUUGGCCAAGUUUGUAUCGGCUGCCCAUCCCUGGAUCAGGUGGUGGUGUCCAUGGACAAGGGACAGAAAAGAUGGCAGGUUCUGUUCCCAUCUUAUGGCUAGAGGUUCGACAAGACAUAUUUACAAGAAGUUGGAGGGGUGGGUGCUGUUUUGAUCACACAGAACAAGAGCUGCCCACCAACCUCACCAUGUGCCUGGCCCAGCCUUCCCUCCCAUCACACUAGCCAGUCCACACUACUAGCCUCUUCUUUAAUAAACUCUUUCUCUCAUGUUCCCAAACCUAUAAAAGCCCCCUAUAGCCACCUGCCUCAAGUUCAAACUCAAAUGCCCGGCGUCUGAGCCACUCUGUCAUGUGGUCCCACCAAGAGAUUCUCCAUUGCCUCCUCCUUUCAAAGGACUCCCACUCACCCUGUCAGCCAGAUGCCUUCCAUCUGGCUUCAUGUAUCCUCACCUGCUCCUGGGCCCAAGGAGAGAAUAAGAAAGAACCCUGGCCCACAUGGAGAAGGGUUUCCAAUCCCAGCUCUGUCACUUACCCACUGGGUAGCUUAGGGCCAACCGAGCUUCAGUUUCCUCAUCUGUGCAAUAGAGAUAAUGGCACUUUUCACAUCGGUAGCACGGUUUCCAGCAUAAAGAACCAGCUACCAACUGUCGCAGUUUCUGACACUCUUGUGCGGUUCCCAGACUUCAGCUUGCCCCCCACCUGGCACCAUGCUUGAAGCAGUGGCAUGGACAGAGCCCAAAGGAACUUGCAGUCAGCUGUAGCCCAGACACGGAGGGGACUGGCUCUCAGUGGACACUCCUGGGUGCAGAGUAGCCUCCCCCCGCCCAGCCCUCCAUACUGCCUGGAACGCUCCCUCCCAAUCUUGUGGCAAACCCCUGCCCAUCUGCAGAUAACCACAUCAUUCAGGCCACCGCCCAGCUAGGGAGCCAGGGCUGAGGGAGCAGCUUUCUUUGUUCAGUAAACAUUUAAAAUGGCCUAAACUUCAAAGCUUGAAAAACAAUUCUGAUAAUGCUAAAGAAAAUGUCAUCUACAAUCCAACCACGCAGCAUUGUCCUUUGCUCAUCCGGAGCUUGUUCAUACCCUCGCAUGCUUAGAAUUGCAAUCAAUCAUAACAUACAGUUCUGUAAUCUGCUUUUUUUCUCUUAACGUUCGGCCACACGCAGCUCUCUGCUUCUCUGUAGUUGUGUGGUUAUCAUUGCAGAAGGCUCUGCUGGGUUGUGUGCUCAUUAAAGGCAUUUGACUCAUUGCUGUACUUCCCAUACCUCCUUAGCAGUGUGUUUGUUUAAUCAAUGAGCAAAGAAAACAUGUCCCAUCCAGGUCCUGUACUGUCCCUUCGCACGAUGCAAUACCACGCAGCAGAAAGAGAGAAGGAGCUCCUACCCUUCAAGACAGCAUGGAUGGAUCAGGAGAGCAUUACGCUAAGUGAAGCAAGCCAGGCGGUGAAAGACAAACACCACAUGAUCUCACCUAUAAG